GUUAGAUAGAUAGAUUUUAAUUACCACACACAAGAUGGGGUUGAGUAGCAGUACUGUGGCGCAACUUGCUGAUAAUGAACAACUAAAAAGACUUUCUGGAAAAGUUACGAUAACAGAAAAUGAUCCUUUUUGGAAUCAAAUGUUAUCGUUCACUCUCCAUGCACCAAAGACAAGAUCUGAACAAGUACAAUUAGAAGAAAUAACGGAUUCUCAUUGUAAAGCUUUAGUAGAAAAUAACCAACACACUGGGAAUUUCACUGCAUUGUUGAAAGUCUUUUUAUCGCGCUCAAAAGAAUUGAAAUCGUCCGCAGAAUGCGACGACCGAAUUUUUACAUGGCAAGCCCAUAAUGUGUUAUUCAUUAUUCGCCAUGUUUGUAAAUUUCUAGCUGAGAAUAUGUCGGAAGAAAAUAUGCUUGAGCAAUUUGAAGCACGCUCGUUGCAAGACAGACAAAAGGACUUAGAAUCCGGAGCUGUGCUAAGUGGAGCAGGCUCAAUUAACUAUCUUGACCAACUUAUUGAAGCUUUACAAGAAAUAAUUAUUGAAGUCCCGGUGCUGGAAUUCACUUAUAACUUACAUAUGGAAGCAAUGACUGUGUUUUUGGUUCUUCUGUCUGUACAGAUGUUUUCACCGAGUCCAUCUCAUCACGGAGUGUUUACGAAUCGAAUAAUGAAUUGCACCUCUGGAGAACGAGGUAACAAGUUUAUAAAAGCGUUGUUACAGCAUUAUAUUGAACAAAAACCUCUGCCGAAAGAUGGAUCUGAGCCACAAGGUGGCAGUAUUGUUAUUGGAGUUGCGUCUGCUGUAGCAUCAGGAUUAUGGAACGUCGUGACCUUGGGUCGAGGUCAAAAGAAUGAUGCUAACAAUGCACACAAUCUACUACCCCCACUCUAAGCCAAAAGCUCUCUACUGCUAUUGGUGUUGGUGAAUUAUAGCACUGAAAAAAAAACACACCACAAAAACUGUAUAUCAAAUGCAUUAGAAAAAUUUCGCCAUUUACAAGGAAGCACAGCCAUGAGUCCGACGUCCGCUCCACCCUCAUUUCACUUGAAUUUGUCGAGGCUUUAAGCAUUAUGUGCGACGCAAUAUCAAGAAACAUCAACUUUGCUUCUCUAUUUUCUUCUACAUAAGAACCCAGAAGUACGAGCAUUCAUUCUUUCAAAAACGGACAUAGAUAAACUAGUCGUCCCAAUUUUAAAAAAUAUUAUAUUCAGCUGGGAGCAGAAUUCCCACCAUAUUUACAUGGCGUUGAUUUUAUUGAUAUUAACAGAAGAUGACCAUUUCAACCAAUCAGUGCACGAAUUGAAAAUCAAGACAGUUGAUUGGUACACAGAUCGGUUGCUAAACGACGCAACUCUCGGCGAUCUAAUCAUCCUAGUCAUUGUCCGCACGAUUCAGUUUAAUAUGAGCAGAAUGAGAGACAGGUAUUUACACACAAAUUGCCUCGCUGCUUUGGCGAAUAUGUCCGCACAUUUUAAGUCACUACACUCUUACGCUUGCCAACGAAUUUUUAGUCUUUUUACUCUUCUUGCUAAAAAACAACGAAAAGUUGCUGAAAAAUUAACAGCUCGAAGAAACGGGGAAGAAACGUCCCACGAUGCAAUUUCUGAUACCCAUAAUGCAAUUGGUCAAAUGAAUUUAGACAUGGAGAGUCAACAGGAUUAUGCAGCUGAAUUGUCAGUUUUAGUUGAAGUUAUUAGAAUGCUCCUGGAAAUAUUAAACUCUUGUCUUACUGGAAACGGAUUACGACACAACGCGAAUCUCGUGUACGCAUUACUUCAUCGAAAAGAAGUCUUUUUGCAAUUCCAUAACCAUCCAGGAUUUCAAGAUGUUCUGCAAAAUAUUGACACGAUUGUGCAAUUUUUUACUUCACGUUUGGAUAAACUGCAUCAAGAAUCAAUGACUAUAGAGGAGGUCCACGAAGUCAUUAAGGACGCCAUGUUACAUCUACCGAGCCAUCAUUUGAAGAAAUUUCCGGAGUUAAAGUUCCGAUAUGUGGAAGAGGAAUCGCCCGAAGAAUUCUUUGUUCCGUACGUUUGGUCACUUGUUUUCAACAAAUCCAACGUAUUUUGGAACCCAGGAUGUGUACAGCUCUUCACUUUGGAUAGUUGAAAGAGAAAAUAAUAGACUGAUGGUUGUUCCUCUGACCUUUGAACCCAGAAUAGUUCUUUAGUGCUGCAACAACUAUAACAAAAUUCCAGUCGAGUAUGUUAUUUAGGUACUCUCGAAGUAUGUGAACCAAGAUGGGGGACACCGGAAUGUUGUAUGUGUACCAGGUUAGGGUUAGGCCAGGUACAAAUACUAAGGGAGUCACUUGGCUAGUCCCCGAACUCAUCAUAGAACUAAAAUAAGGAAGAUCAGAAUAAAAUUAUGGCCUAACCCUAACCUGGUACACACACUACGUUCCGGUGUCCGUCAUCUUGGUUCACAUACUUCGGGAUUACCGGUAUUUUUACUUUUCUUGAAAUCAUAUCUCAAGAGUUAGAAAUACUGCUUGAAAUUACGAAAACAAGCCAAUGUUUACAACUUGAAAAUUUGUAUGGCUGAAAAGAUUUAUGUGUGGCUGCUUUAUUGUCAAUUGUUACAUCACAUAGACUUAUUGUUAAUUGGUCAUUGUUAUGGAAACGAACAAGGAAGUUAAUGCUUGGGGCAGCAUCCAUUACUCUUAACCGUCCGUGCCUUGGUGAAUGGUGUAAAACUAUAUUUCGAAAAUAUAUGACAAAAAAGAUUUGAUCAAAGUCAUUUAUUUUCAGCUUAGACUUGAUUUUAAUUUAAUAGUUGAACAACUUUUCCUUGUUCUGCAAAUAGUCUGUCGGCACAGUCUCACAACCGAAGUGUGGAAUUGUAUAGGACGGUCGCCAGAAAAACAGAAAAUUAGUUUUUCAAAGAAUAACUUUAUAAACUUUUUCAAAGGCUCUUGUCAUAUUACAAUCAUAGAUGCUCAAAACGUUGUCCGUGCCAUUCAGAGCAGUGUCUUAACUUGAUAGAACCUAAAAGGUAUCAACCUAAAACAACUCAGAACAUAAAAAAAAUAAAAACAUCAAAAAAGAAAUGAGUAAGCACGUAUUUUAUUCAUGAUCUAAUUUGACCUUUGAAUUUUCUGCUUUUCUAGCGACUACCUGCAAUUAAUACAUACAGGGCAAAAGAACUCCCAUAUUUCAUUAAAUUAAUUCAUAAAAAUAUGGAAGGUCUCUUGUGUCAUCCUCUUGUGGUCAGUAGUUCUAUCAAUAGCUUAGAGACACUUAACAAAAAAAUUGUGAGAAUUCAGCGAAGAUACUAAUGCUUUCAUAUUUUUAAAUUGUGAUAUUUCUAGGUUUCGGUUACAAUGAUUCUAUAUUUUUUAUUUCAUUCUUUGUAAAUACUUUGAUAAGCUGAUAACGCCAGCAAAAUACUAUAUAGUUAUGUAUGCUCUGUAAUAUUCUAAUAGUUUAAAUUUUUUAUUAUAUCUUGAAUGCUUAUGGUUUGAUUUUAUUAUUUUAAUUUAAGGUAGAAGCCUGGGCGAAUUUUCUGGUUAGAUAUUAUAUACAAUGAGACAACAUUAUUAAAACCAGACACUUUUAUACCCAUAUUAUGUUGGACAUCUGUAUCUUGAAUUUUUGACUUUGAAAAAUGACCUGUCGAUUGAGCU